AUGUCGGUCGCAGAUACCAAGCUGGACGAGCUGUCAGAAGCGACUACUGACUGCGUCGCCCGCCACGACCACGUUGUGCAGCAGUUGUUGGAACUGGCAGAUGAGCUGGACAAGGAAGAAAGGGAGGUUGACAUCGCCAAGAUUGGCUUUGCCAGCACUGGAGCUGUGGGAGGAGGACUGGCGUUACUUGGGUUCGGUCUGUCCUUUGUUACCUUUGGGGCUUCCCUCAUCCUGACAGCUGUAGGGUCGGGUAUAUCCGCCGUCAGCGGGGUUGGAGGACUGGCGACAACGAUCACAGAGAAGAUCAUGAAAAACCAAAAGUUGAAGGAGGCCAAGGCAGCUGUUCAGGCCUAUUCAGAUUCAAUCAAAUCGUUUUCGCAUGUUUUGGAAUCGUUUUGUAAACUGCUACCUGAUGAGGACCAGGAGAAGGUGUGGAAAUCAUUGAAGGAUAACACUGAAAUGGAAAUGACAAUAAGUAGUGUUAUUUCAGACGGUCGCAAACUUGUAGACACCAUAGCCAGCAUCAAGAAGUUGAUGACAGCGGCUAACAAUGUCAAGGACGUAGUGGAGGGACUGCAAGGGGAGGGAACCGCUGCAGCAAAGGUCGUAGAUGUAGGGGAAAAUCUAGCCAAAGAAGGCGACGAAGCUUUUCAAGCUCUGAGUACUGGGGCUAAAGCUGUGCAAAUAGGAGGCGUUGUCUUGUCCGGGUAG